UUCCGUCAGGCCCCGCCCUCCCGCCUUCGGGUCAACGUUCGUCUGAAAACAGGUGGGAAAUGAAAGCUCCGUCUGCUCCGGUGGUAAAAUGGCGGCGCCCUUUAGGAGCGCGUUUGUGACUUUGGGUCCUGCUGGUUUAAUCAGGAGCAGAGUCGCUUCUCCGGCUGGACUCGCGGCGAAUGUUGCAGCUUGUUUACGUUCAGAGCACAGCAGCGCUGGAGCACGGGGAGCGGUAGAGGAGUCUGUGGAGGAGUAUGAAUACGUAGAGAGACUCAUUCCUCCAUCACGGAUCCCUUCGCCCCCAAAACAUGAUGGUUGUGCUCCGUCAGGGUGGACCCCACCAUCAGAGAUGCCGCCUUCCCUGCCGUACAUGAUCCGACGUUCCAGAAUGCACAACGUUCCCGUCUACUCCGAUAUCAAACACGGGAACCAGAAGAGCACGUUAGUGCGCAAAGUGGAGGGAGAUAUUUGGGCUCUGAAUAAGGAUGUGAAGGAGUUCCUGCAGCAGCUCACAGGCAGAGAGACGCCGACGCAGGUGAACGAGGUGACCGGCGCCGUCCGGAUUAAGGGGCAGUUCGAUAAGGAGCUGAAGGCGUGGCUGAUCCAGAGAGGGUUCUGACUGUUCAGACCAUCAGAGCCACCGGAGGAUCAGACACACAGUGAAGCAGCGUCUAAUCAGCGCUCUGUACGUUUUCCAGUUGUUUGUGUUUCUGUGUAAAACAUGUAAAUAUACCUGUUUAUUUGAUGCACCUGAAAAACUGAAAUAACAAUAAAUAAAAGCCUUUUAUCAUCA